GCCACAGAUUUCCGUAUUAAUCUCUCGCCUUGUCUGCUCCUUUUGUCGGAUCUCUCCCUAGAUGUUUCUGGACCUUAGAUAGAUAAGAUUGCGACGUUUUUUGGCUUCUGGCUAAAUUAGGGAUAAGAUCAAACUGUUUGCUUGCCCCCGUGUGCUGAUUAAUUGGAGCCAAGAAACCAUUAGAGCGUUGAGGGGGGGUGCGAGCCAGCAGCGGCCUGAUUGUUCCUCGGCCCUUCAUCAACUGGGGUUGUUGAAUUCUUUAGGCAGGGGCCUGCCCAUGGCCGAGGAACAAUCUGGCCCGCCGGCAGCGGACGGGGUGGUGGUGGCGAUGAAGGGCCACCCGGGGUCAGGCAAGUCCACGGUGGCUCGUGCCAUCGCCUCCUCGCUCCGAUGCCCGCUCCUUGACAAGGACGACGUGCGGGACUGCACCCUGCACCUCGAGCGCGCCGCCGCCGGCAGCGGCAUCCUCAACGACCUCUCCUACGCCGUGCUCUGGAGGUUGGCCGAGAGGCAGCUCCGGCUUGGCCUGUCCAUCGUCGUCGACUCCCCACUGUCGCGCCGAGCCCAUCUCGAUGCUCUGGCCCGCUUGCCUGCUGCACUUGUUAUCAUUGUGGAAUGCCGGCCAGGCAACCAAGAUGAAUGGCGCCGCAGGCUGGAGGAGCGUGGAGGCGUCUUGGCCGAUGAUGGAUGGCAUAAGCCCAAGACGUGGGCCGACCUAGAAAGGCUUGUGGAAGGGUACCAAGGAUGCACAAACUAUGACACUGGGGAUUUGCCGAGGAUCCUUGUGGAUACAACGGACCCGACGGUCAGCACCGAGGCAAUCGCUGUGAGGGUUGUGGAUUUUAUUAGGUCUCUUCUAGCCCGUGCGCAUUAGAUAUGUUAUAAUAGCUGUCGACCAACGUUUUGGUGAAGACAAGGUUCAUAUGUUUUCUGUCAGCAGCAAAAUAGAGGAUAAGUUAAGUUUCAGAUUAGAAUUUCAUGGCAGAAUGUUAAAAUGAUGUAUAUUGUAUUGUAUAGGAUUGGAAGUGCAUGUGUUUAACUUCUUCAUCCGUUCCCUCAUUUCCUUGCGCAGGGUUGAUGCUUAUGCUCGCCCUCUGUUUACGAGUGUAAACGUUCUCAGUACCUCAAACGUGUUGCAAAAUGACCCACCUAUGUAUUAUGUUACUGAUUUUGAAGCCUUUACUUGAUACUUGAUACAUUUUGCUUCCUUCCCCAUCAUUAAGGUUACAAUGCUAGAUCAUUACACAACACAUUGUUUGUUUUCCCCGUAGUGAUAGCUGCUUAUGUCACAGUGUGUACUUAACAUGAACCCUGUAGAAGUCUCUGUAAUGCAUUACUAGGAAUUAUGAAUCUCUUAGGAAAUAGUUAACCUGUUAUUGUCAAUCAAGGUUUGCAGCCAUUGAUGUCACUCAUCUUUAUUUGGUCCUGGUAACCUAAAAAUGAUCAUAUAUACAUGUACGGUCAUAACAUUUCAGUGGCUAUUUUAGAAACCAGAAUUGAUAGCGAGAAAUAUCGUCAUUUUUCUCUUACAACUCAGAUGUCCUGAUUCUGAAUGUGUAACAUACACUUUUUUGUUCUGUGGUUUGCUAUGGAUAAGACGCUGGCAGCUUCCAAUUUCCAUUUCAUUCUUGGUAGCCUGUCAAGUGGGGGCAAGUACAGUAGAAACAACCCUUUUGGUGAAUGAAUAGAAAAUAUCAACCUGGAUUGUCUGAUUGGACCUAGAUUGGUCAUUAAGUUUUGGAACUUGUGGGUGUAUGUUUUAAAACUCGCCGGUGCAAGUUUUGUAACUUGCAUCUGUGCCAUCCAUCUCCGAUCUGAUGGCCCAAGUUGAUCUUUUCUAUUCUUGCACCAUAAGGUCUGAUUCUAUUGUAGUCGUCCCCUUUAAGUUGCACUGACGAAAACUUGUUUCCAACAGCACCACGUAUCUUUUUAUGCUCAAAGAGGCCUAGUCAUAAGAAGCAAGUUAAUACUUUUUAUUUUCUUUCAAGAAAACAAUGAGAUCAAGUUAUUUUGAAAUUCAAGAAUUUUAUGAUUCGUUGGGAGGCCAUAUGUUAUUUAUUUGUACUUCAAAAGUGUUUUUUCUGCAGCACGAGGCAGUCGUGUGUUGGGAGAACAGUAGUAUGCAUAUUGCAGUCUCAAGCAUCUGAACAAAUACAAAGUUGAGCACUAGGGUAGCCAGUUAUAUCAAGUGAGAGCAGUGAUUCGGUGCCCAGGCUCAUCUUCACCCGCGUUUAAGAAAAAAUUCAAAACAAAUACUAGAAAAAUUCAAAAAAAUCCAAGCAAAUUUUGCAUGGUAGAUAAUUUGGUGCGUGAGGUUCGUUCCAAAUUUCAGAUCAUUUGGUUAUCUGAGUAGCUCUCGGCAAAAAAGACAAAUUUGGGGUCUGUAAAAAAGUUUACUGUUCAUGUACUGUUCCUACCCAAUUUGUCUUUUUUUCUGAGAGCUACUCAUAUGUCCAAAUGAUCUGAAAUUUGGAGCGCAGCUCACGCAUCAAAUUAUCUACCAUGCAAAAAAGAAUUGGAAUUUUUUUAUUUUUUUGAAUAUUUUGUGAUUUUUUAAUGUUGAAACAGUAUCAGUACUUUUCUUGUUUGUGAAGACUAUCACCAGAGCCCAGACAUAACUCCCUCGUUUUGUGUUUCACUAGUCCCCGUGCUAGAUGGCAUCUUCUACUCUAAAACCAGGUGUGCCUAUUACUUUGCAAGAGCUAGAGCCCUCCUCAGAGAUGCUCAAGCAAGGGGCAUCCCUCCGGGUAACAGGAAUGUAUGUGUGUAGGUGCUUCCUUCUGAAAAGUGCAAACUUCUGUGCUAACCUUUUUGGCUUGCAAUUCUUUUAGCCUUCAGUCAUAUGAUGUGGACUCUGCAGUUGCUGUCAUUCAAGAUGGCAGUGCUAGACUGAAGAUUGAUACUCAAAACCUGAGAGACAUUAGUUUCCGCAGCAAUUCCACGUUCCAGUUCAUCGGUGAACUCCUGAUCCAGCCAAACAACGAUGCGAUUCUGCAAGCACGUGUGGGCAGGAAUGUUGAUGGACUUGACCUGAACCUCUACCAGCAGUCUUUGAUCAUCCGACGGCAACAUGAAGCCAAACUACUAAGCUCCAGGAGGCCAUGAUCCAAAGCUGUGAACCAGGCUCAAAGCCUCACUUCAGUUUUUCUGAAGUAUGGAGCAUGUGAGAAAAGAAUCACCUAACUCAUGAUGACCAUGUUCUCCAGUUUGUUAUAGAACCUACAAAGUGGUACUAGUAGUUGUUAACUGAGUUUCCUGAGCACAGAUUAUUCCUCGAGGGCCACCUCAUUCUCAAGGCUAUUUAAGCUAUCAGGUCCAUGAGCUCAUAUUGGUUGAGGGUCCA